AGCUGCCACACUUCCAAGUACAAAACCCUUUAUCCCUACGUAGGCAGCGCCGGUUUAGAUGACCGGCCUUUCGCGCUCAUCCGGCAGGCACCUCGACGAAUAACGUUGUUGGUGUGGCAGAGGUGGAAUGAAAACCCGCUGUUUCCCACUGUAUGACGGAAAGCGUCAACGCGGCUUUCAGAAGGAAGGGCCUCCGUGCUUGUCACAGUCUACUGCAAGGUUUGUUCAGGAGGUCGCGGUGUCAGCACUGACUAAUAGAAAACUAGAGCUGCACCUCAACAAAGACUUGACACCAACUUAUCAGCCAUGAGCUAUUGGGAAGACAUGAUCCAAGCCAUCGAGAACGUCGGUGAGCCCGACAAGCUCGCUAAUGGCGAGGAUCUCAUCAUCUUGAAGCUGAAGGAGCCACUGCCAAACGGCCACUCUGUCCCUACGCCUCUGACAGUGGACACCGGCCGAUCUGUACUCACAAUGUGUCAGAAAGAUCUUGCCAACUGCCGAGGCUUCCUCGCCAAGCAGUGCUAUUCCACGGUGUUAUUCUCCGGUUUGCCUGAGCUGAAGUCGACAAAGGGAUUCCUUGCUGCUGCGAGGGAUGUCGUCUUCAAGUCACCGGAGCUGAUUAUCGUGCACAAUAGGGACCGGUUGGUAGACCUCGUCUACUGGUUCUCCAAGGUCACCCGGCUCAUCCUGUACCACGACCUGGUGCUGCAGACGGAGAGUACGACUCAAGUUCCGCACAUGCCUCUCACAUCGCACCUCGUCCAGCUGUCUGAAGUCCAUGCACCCCUGGAUGAGAUGCUGAGGGUUGCGGAGGAUUUUAAAAGGCGGUCGCCGCAUUUCCCACCCCUGUUCGGCGACCGUCGGGAGCUGACACUGGGCUCGUACCUACGGCGACCAUGCCGAAAUGUCAUCAUGAUGCACAGCACCACCCUGCCAUGCAUGAAGAAGGCGAUCGAAUGGAAUCCGAACUUGGAGCGGUUGCAGCUGACGACUUCAUCCCAGAAGGUUCUCGCCUGCAUACCGAGGUUCUCCCAGCUCAAGCGCCUUUCCAUAAUGUACGGCCCCCAAAAUGGAUGGUGCCCCUUCGACCCUCACCUCAGCAAUGUACUGCGAAUACUGUCACUGACGCACCUGACGAUCAAAUACUUCGAAGGUGUGCGUCUGUCGACCAUCAACAAUCACUGCCCAAACAUCGAAUGCCUCUCUCUGUUGGGCUGCAAAAUCGCCGACGAGACGAUCCGACCCGGCUCGUUUGCGAAACUGAAAUCUCUUGCCCUGAGUGACUCCAUCAUGGAAGAAGCGUUCUUCACCCUCCUCAACAUUGUGAAGGGCCUCACCGACCUCUACCUUGACGGCGAGUGGAUCGUAUCGGCAUACAUCGGAGGGCCGAGGACCCCCGCAUACCAGCGGCCGAUCCAUCCGGCCAUGGAGCAGCUCACCAUCCUCACGGACUUGUCGGUGCCGGCGCUGCACAUAGUACCCGAGGAAGUUCGCAGGCUGAUCGGGUGGAUGCCGAGGCUCAAACGCCUGAGCACGGACAGCUACGACAUCCGAUUGUGCGUGCAGAACUACUUCCCGCAUGUGGCGCUGACGUGGACUUCGUGCACGACCUGUGCGGCGGAAUUCCCGAAGAUGAACUUUGCACAGCACGAGAUUUGGCGCAUUGUCCAUGCCCCUGAUCUAGAGGACGAAAAAAACACAUAGCUGAAAAAGCAUGUUUACCUCUUCUUCAUUGGGGACGGUAGAAAUAUAAUCUUUGUCAUUGAGCAUAAGCAACAAUGUUGUGGAGGCACUGCUGGUCAUUAUUAAAACAGCUCCACACACAACAAUGUAGCCUGUUUCACGCUUACGGAGAAAUGUCAGAGCGUGUGACAUUACGAUUUAGACUGUAGUCACGCGCCAGUAGGAGCCUGCGCAUGCACGCACACCUAAGGAGGGGCGUAGUGUUGAGCUGUGUCAUCUGCUACGGCGGUACGCAGCUGCAGAGCUAGCCGCACCACCUGCCAUGCGUUCCGAGAUUCGCGUUCCGAGAAAGUUGCUGCUGUCUUACCAGGUGUGCUCUUCCUCUUCAACUUUCUGAGGGGCCAGGGCAAAGCUUCGCAUUCUAAGAUUGUCUGCCUGUUUGCAAGGGGUUGCACAGGCCACACUUUGUGUUUCUCUAGUUGAUCUUGAUGUUCCCGCAGUUUCCAGCACAAAUCUGGCAGAACUUGGUGAGGUGGCACUGCUGUAAUGUGUUUCCACAUGUUUUAAACGCUAUUUUAAAUUACAGGCCUACACAGUAGGAAGAAAAUGGAACCUUGCAAAUAAAAAAAUUCGUAAACAGG